GUCACCGACGGCAUGACACGCUGAGUAACGACCGGUAACGACGCGCAGACGCACACACACUCAGCUGAACGUACAAGAUGGCGGCGGCAAUGGAUGUGGACACUCCGGGUGGCACCAAUAGCGGAGCAAGCAAAAAACGCUUCGAAGUUAAGAAGUGGAAUGCUGUGGCACUUUGGGCCUGGGACAUUGUGGUGGACAACUGUGCCAUUUGCAGGAACCACAUCAUGGACCUUUGCAUUGAGUGUCAAGCCAACCAGGCCUCGGCUACCUCAGAGGAGUGCACUGUAGCGUGGGGGGUUUGUAACCAUGCUUUCCACUUUCACUGCAUUUCCCGUUGGCUGAAGACCAGGCAGGUGUGUCCUCUGGACAACAGGGAGUGGGAGUUCCAAAAAUAUGGACACUAGUGAUGGAACCAAGGAGCUUUUUCCUUUGCUUCUUUGCUGCAAGCCAGAGGACUGUCAUUAUUACACUGCAAAACUAGCACACGCGCUGUUAUCAAGGGACUUGUACCCUCUGUUAAAGACAUUUUCUUUUGUUGCAAUUCCUCAUUUUGUUCUGAAUUGCAUGAAAACUUAAUUUUUAAAUGUAAACAUUUUCAAUAUGAUAGUAUGCUGUAAAUAAACAACAUAAAAUUAAAUGAUUCCAUGACAGUUGUUGUACAGGAACUCCAUAUGUUGCAGUUGAAAUGGCACCUUGACACCGGUGCUGCUCGUUGAAUGCUGUAGUACUACAGUACUGCUUAGUUCCUUGCUUCUGUGUUGUACGUUGGGCCUGCCUCAUUCAAUCCGCCAGACCUGGGCUGUGCAGAACUUUUGCAUCUUUUGAAUAAGAAGUUCAUUCGCUGCUGCCUACAGACAUUCAUUUCUGUUUCUAAGUAAUUAUAGAUUGCGAUUCAAACUAUGAGCUCUUAAUUUUUCCAAAAUUUUCUUUUUAUACCUGUUGCUUUGUUCUUCAACUCUGAGAUUCUCAUUUAGUUUGUGGGCUGGUCUCUUCACUGCAGCUUCUUCCGUUAAUUUGCGAAACUGUGGACACAUGGCCAUUAAAAUGAACAAUUUGGUGGAUAAUUAAUAAUUCAAAAAAAGCAAAUGACAACAAGCCAAACCUGCAUUGUUAAUAAGUUUGAGGAAAUAAUUAUGAAAUAACUUAAAUACACUUAAACUGUAUUUUUUGGAAUAUUCUGCUUCAUUUUGGUUUUUGAAUUUUGGUCUUGGCACAUCCUUGAAUUGCUUUGGGACAAGCAUGGUGUGGUUUUGUAUUCUCUUUCAUUCGUUUCAUUUGUGUGAGUGCAAACCUAUCCAUGUCAGUAACAUUUGUAAUUCUUUUAAGGUAGCUGAACCUCGUUUUUCGAUUAGACGUGAAUAUAUGUUGUAACUUAAUAAAAAUCUUAAUCUGGU